GCAGUAACAGGCUCCUUCGACCCAAAAAGUACAGAGACGAAGCUUUCGCUAGCAGCCGCUUACGACCUUCUUAAUUCGUCAAUGAAGGCAAACCUUGCGCAUCCUGCACCAGUCGCACCAGGACCGAACGUCCAGCAGAGGCAACUACAGGCCACGAUAGUUGGCAACGUCCUACCAGAUCUCAUCUCAAAUGUAGCAAUUGAGAAGAGACGAGCCGGUCUUGAAGCCGAGCUCGCGAGGAAAAUGAAGAAUGAAGUGGCGCAGAUGGUGCAGAAUCAAGCGGCAGCCAAGACAAAACAGUUAGAAGCCGAAACUCGGAAUCUCAAAGCAGCAGGCAGAGGAGCGGCCAGAGGAGGAAAAUCUAGAUCUAGAUCUAGAGGUAGAGCCGAUGGCGAUGAGAAACACAAGGGACGUUAUAAGCAGCCGGGGGAAUUAGUCUGCCUUAAGUGGAUGAAGGGACAGCGCAAGGGAAAAAACUGCCCAGAAGGACGACAGCAUUUUGGAGAUCUGAAAAGACUAGAAUUCGUGAACAAAGAUACACUAAAAGGAGCUUUAUCAAGUGAAGAAGUGAAAAAACUAGCUGGCCAGUGACAAGAUCAAAUCGUGAGUGU